UCGGCCUACCUCCCCGCGUCGGCCUCCCGACCGCGGUACCACCGCCCUGUCCCCGCCUCGUGUCGGUACCGCCCCGCUCCAGAAUUUCGCUGGGCCCGCGACGGGGCAUGUCGCCGAGCCCUCUCCAUCCUUUAGUAUGUAUAGAGAAGAGAAAUCCGGAGGAGGGUAUGUAUCUAGUUUACAUCUCUGCUGCGGGCGAACCGGUAAAAAUGCCGCCAGAGAUAGAGGGAGUAGUGGCCAAGUAUCCUGAUCUAUUUGAGGAGCCUACAGGGGUUGUAGAGAGGGAGGUCGUCCAUGCGAUAGAGAUUAUCCCAGGAUCUAGUAUUCCAAAGGGUAGGAUCUAUCGGAUGUCUCCAGGCGAGCUUGAUGAGCUUCGCCGCCAACUCAAGGAACUCAUAGAGAAGGGUUGGAUCCGGCCGAGUGUCUCUCCUUAUGGGUCUCCAGUUCUAUUCGUGCCUAAGAAGGAGGGAACUCUUAGGAUGUGCAUUGACUAUAGGGGCCUCAAUGCCAUCACUGUAAAGAACAUAGAGCCCCUACCGCGCAUUGACAAUCUGCUAGAUAGAGUGCAAGGGUGCCGGUACUUCAACAAGAUAGAUCUGAAGUCCGGAUACCAUCAGAUUGCCAUCCGGCCCGAGGAUCAACACAAAACCGCUUUUCAGAUCAGGUAUGGUCUGUACGAGUUUGUGGUGAUGCCUUUCAGCCUUUGCAAUGCUCCUGGCACCUUUCAGCACGCUAUGAAUCGGAUAUUCCAUAACUACUUGGAUAAGUUUGUCAUCGUGUACCUCGAUGACAUACUUAUUUUUAGUAAGACUGUCGAGGAACAUGUUGCACACUUGGACAAAGUCCUCGGUCUCCUGCGACAACACAAGUUCAAGAUCAACGGUGAGAAAUGCCAGUUUGGCCACACCCGUGUCUUGUACUUGAGUCAUGAGAUCUCCGCAGAAGGGCUGAAGCCCGAUGACGCGAAGGUGGCCAGCAUUCGUGAUUGGCCACGUCCUCAGUCUGUGACUGAGAUGAGAUCUUUCUUAGGAAUGACAUGCUUCUAUAGGACUUUCGUUAAGAACUACAGCAUAGUGGCCGCUCCUUUGACUGAUCUGACCCGCCUUGACACCCCUUGGGAGUGGACAGAUAAGUGCGAGGCUGCUUUCAGACAUCUGAAGCAUGCAUUGACGCACUAUGAAGUCUUGAAACUUCCUGAUCCUGACAAGCCGUUUAUAGUCACAACGGAUGUCAGCCAAUAUGGCAUUGGCGCCGUGCUUGAGCGCGAUGGGCCAAAGUUGAGGCCAGUAGAGUACAUGUCCAAGAAAAUGUCGUCUCAAAAGUUGGCUAAGUCCACUUAUGAGAAGAAACUCUAUGCGGUGUACAAGGCUCUCACCCAUUGGAGACACUACCUCCUUGAGCGGUUCUUCAUCCUCCGGACUGAUCAUCAGACCCUGAGAUGGAUGAGAACACAGCCGGUACUCUCCGACGCUCUCAAGCGUUGGAUCGAAGUCAUUGAGCAAUAUGACUUUGAUCCUCAAUAUCUAAAAGGGGAGUACAACAAGGUUGCUGAUGCCUUGUCGCGCAGACCGGACUUCUCAGGAGCGCUGAUUACUGAGUUCGAUCUGACGGACGAUGUGACUCAGUCUUUGGUGGAAGCCUAUUGUCAAGACCAGUUUAUGUCUGAGAUUAUACGCAGACUUGAGGCGAAGGAUAAGAAGACCUCCGCCGAGUUUGAGUUGGUCAAUGGCUUGCUGUUCCUAGAGAAGGCAGGGAAUAAACGCUUGUGUGUUCCAAAUAGUGAGUCUUUGCGUAAUUUGUUUUUAGGCGAGUGUCAUGAUGCCACCGGCCAUUUUGGGUAUAAGAAGACCGCAGCCAACUUGCUGCAGCGGUUCUGGUGGCCCACGAUGAUGAAAGAUGCACAGCUGUACGUGACAACUUGUCAAGUUUGCCAAAGAGACAAGCCCCGUACUCAGGCUCCUCUUGGGCUGCUCAAGCCCCUUCCGAUUCCGGAAAGGCCGGGUGAAAGUUUGUCCAUGGACUUCAUGGAUACGCUGGUCACCAGCAAAAGUGGGAUGAGACAGAUCUUUGUCAUCGUGGAUAGGUUUAGUAAGUUUGCUAGAUUAAUAGCUAUGCUAGAAACAGCGAAGACCGAGUAUGUGAUCAGGCUAUUUAAAGAGAACUGGGUUAGAGACAUUGGACUGCCGAAGUCUAUAGUAAGUGACAGGGACGUCAGGUUCACGAGUGAAUUGUGGAAGGCCGCUGCAGCUGAACAAGGAACUCAACUGCAGAUGACCUCUGGAAAUCAUCCAGAAGCUAAUGGCCAGGCUGAACAAAUGAGCUGCGUUGUGCAACACCUGUUGAGGCACUACAUCAAGCCCAACCAGCUCGCUGCGUUCGAGGAAACUGAUCAGUUUCCCUCCCGUCGGUCAAUGCUGCCCCCAACCAUGGACGGAGAAGUCGACAUCGAUGAUAUCGUUGACCACAGGGAGAUGCGCGUUCAGAAGCCUCCAGGAAGGGCACGUCCUCCAAAGCCAAAACUGCAGUUUCGUGUCCACUUCAGACAUCACACGGAUCCGAAAGAGGACCGCUGGUUUACUCGGGAGGAAUUGAUGCAGACCGCUCCUCAAAUCGUUGCCCGCUAUGAGAAGGAUGUAUUGAAAGGAAAGCGCCAGAUGGCUCAGGAUUGAUCUUCCCAGAGGACUGAUGAAGAUAUGGAGGAGGGAAUGCGAGGCUACGCCCGCUUAGCCCCUACGGGGCCCUAUUUGCAGC